CGCCCGCCUCAGUCACCGGCGGAGCCGCAGCGAGCGCAGCGCUGUCCCUUCAGCACCGCUCCCCCCGCGGACACCGCGGGCUCCGCGCACCCACACCGGCCCCGCCGCCGCCUCUCGCCGCCUGCUUUGCGGUGUGGAAAGCCAGGUGCAAGGAUGGUGAAGCUGGGGAGUAAUUUGAACGACAAGAACAACAAACCACCAUCCAACGAAGAUGGUUUUCAGACAGUUCCUUUGAUCACGCCUUUGGAAGUAAAUCACCUGCAGUUCCCGGCUCCGGAAAAGGUAAUUGUGAAAACAAGAACAGAAUAUCAGCCUGACCAGAAGAACAAAGGAAAACUCAGAGUUCCCAAAAUUGCUGAAUUCACAGUCAGUUUCACUGAUGGGGUAACAGAAAGACUAAAGGUCACUAUCCUCAUAAGCCUGGCUCUCGCAUUCCUUGCCUGCAUAGUGUUCCUUGUGGUGUACAAAGCCUUCACUUACGACCACAGUUGCCCAGAUGGAUUUGUUUAUAAGCACAAGCGCUGCAUCCCCGCCUCGCUGGACGCCUACUACUCGGCGCAGGAUUCCAACUCGCGGGGCAGGUUCUACACCGUCAUCAGCCACUACAGCAUGGCMAAGCAGACCAGCUCCCGGGCCGUGUCCCCCUGGCUGCCCUCGGGCUCGGCCAGCCACGACAACAAGGCYGCCAAGACAGAAGGUCACUAAAGGGAACGAGCUGGGCGGGCAGGGGGACGACACCGCGUUGCUGAGCGUGCCCUGCCCCUCGCAGGGCGGGAGGAAAUCCAACCCGAGUGCAGGAUCAGCUUAAUGGAUAUUUCUUUUCGUGCAUUGUUCUCGUUGAUUUGUAACCGAGUCGAGCUCUUGUACAAAGGCAUGUUUGAUGUUGACUGUACCUUACGAUGUAAAAAUAUUUUUAAAUCAUUGCUUAACUAUUUGUUAGAAAAAUAAAUUAAAAAACAAAAAAAGCWAAUUAGGUAAACAGCCAGAGAGGAUAAAAGCAGCAAAAAGAAUCUCACAAAGUUUUGUCAGUGCUGGAAAGCUGUGACAGAAGCUCCACRUGCAGAGAAGGAAGAACUGGAAUCCUUUCAAGAGGGGUAGAGAGAACACGGUACAAAGAUAUUGUGAUGUUGUUUGGUUUGCCAGAGGGGGGAUAUUUUGCUGUCAGAUUGAAUCCAGUGUCAGUGUUCAUUCACUGACAGAGAAAAACAAGCAUCCCCUCCUGCCCCAAACAUGCUCACAUGCCCAUACAAACCCUGUGCAGUGGCCCAAGGAAAUCCAGACAGUUCCUGGCAUUCCUAAUGAGCCACCACUGAUUUUGGCCAGGCUGGGAGGCUGAAAUCCAGGCUGCUGUUGGAGAUGGUGCAGGAUGGGAGCAGGCACAGAGGCAUAGUGAAACCCCGAAUAAACUUUUGAGCACAGGACUGAGUCAGGAGCUCAGGGCUCUGCUUCUGUUCUGGCAUGGAUUCCCUGCUUGAGCUUUGGCAAUUUCCAUGAGGCUUCAUGCUUUGGGAACUCUUYCCUGAAGGAAAUGCCAUUAUGAUUUGAGGAGCCUCUCAAAAGUGCUGAUAGUAUUGAGCCCCUAACUUUGCAGCCUCUCAUUUUCCCAUGAAAUGGGAUGUUCCUGCUUCAGCUCCCUCAGCAUUUCUGGUCAUUCCAGGUCACCAGAGAGAGGUACAAAUCAAAUCUGUGCUUGCAAACCCAGAGCAGACCCCAGGUUUAAUCGAGUCCUAACACAUCCUCUCCCCACAAAUGGCACAUGAGAUCAGUGCAGGCUGGUGGCAUUUGAAACCCCCAAGGAUUCUCAUUUUUCAGAGCUGCGAGAGCAGGGAGAGCUGAGCAGCAGGAGCAGAGUGCAUGGGCAGGGCAAGGUUCACCUUGGACUGAGCUGCUUUUUCAGAUUUUUGGCUAGACUGGGAUGRAAAUUAGGAACUGGCCCCUUCUCCCCUCGCAUUGGGCAGUUUUGUCCUCCACGUCAGAGACAUUGGGCAGUGUGUGAGGGCAGAACUCCUCAGUCCUACAGGCAUCAUGAGAAAUAACUGUAUAGUGUAGCUAAAACUGUAGUGCCAAAUGCCAUCGUCUGAUUCCCCCUCCUCCCUUCCCUUUCCACCUGUAAAUCCAUUUCUCACUCAAAAUGUACAAACCACCCCCUCCACCGACAACCCRAACUCCUGCAAAACCACUGAACAGUUUAUAAUUUUGUGGUGUAUUUUUUGUCAGUAGGUAGCAGAGACUGAAGUAUUUUUUGGUGUAACUCUUGAACUUUUCUGACGGGAUUAAAAUAAAGUUCGAUGUGACUGA